UUGUCCGCCGUGGCUUGCUGUAGUUCUGCGGUCGCUGACCCGCGUUUCGUUCGCAGAAGUCGCCGCUUUGUUUACUCUUAUAGCGGUCUGUUAUGUUUUCAUAUAUUAAACCCGCCCGCCUGCGGAUUGUAAAGUAAAGGAGAGUUCAACACCGCGCUGUCCUCCACGAGAUGUCCGCUGUUGUGGGAGAGAGGGGCCGCACUCCAAUCAAAGAGGAGCCGCUGGAGCCUCAACUGGGACACGUGGAGGGGGAGCCCCAAAUCAAACAGGACCUCAUCGCGCGGGACAGGACUGAACUGGGCUGGAUUCACAUCAAAGAGGAGGAUGUGAAGAGAGAGGGAGGAGAGGAGGGAGGAGAGGGAGAGAGAGAGGGAGGAGAGGAGGCUGUGUUUGAACACGCAGACCACAGGACUGAACUGAGCUGGACUCACAUCAAAGAGGAGGAUGUGAAGAGAGAGGGAGGAGAGGGAGAGGGAGAUGAGGAGGGAGGAGAGGGAGAGGAGGAUGUAGAGGGACAGGGACCGGGAGAGGAGGAUGUAGAGGGAGGAGAGGAGGGAGGAGAGGGAGAGGAGGAUGUAGAGGGAGGAGAGGACGGAGGAGAGGGAGAGGAGGAUGUAGUGGGACUGGGACCGGGAGAGGAAGAUGUAGAGGGACAGGGACCGGGAGAGCAGGUCACCGCAGUCCCCCCCAGGCCCCUCCACCGCUGCCCGGACUGUGGCAAGUCGUUCAGCCGGCGGUACACGGUGACGGUGCACCGGCGCAGCCACAGCGGGGAGCGCCCGUACCAGUGCAGCGACUGCGGGAAGAGCUUCACCCAGCGGCGCAUCCUGAACACACACCGGCUCACCCACACCGGAGACAAGCCCUACCCCUGCCCCCAGUGCGGCAAGCGCUUCCGCGGCUCGGGGGGCCCUGCGCUACCACCGGCAUGCCCACGCCCGGGAGCCGCACCACUGCGGGCCCUGCGGGCCACCUUCUACCAGCUGGGGCAGCUGCGGGAGCACGAGGGGGCGAGCCACGCCGGCCAGCAGAGCUGCUACCUGUGCAGCGAGUGCGGAGACAGCUUCUACAGGCUGGGGCACCUGAGCCAGCACCAGAGAAUCCACAGUGCUGAGAGAGUGCCGGUGGGGGCGGGGCGGGGGGCGGGGCUCAAGCCCUAUCGCUGUGCAGACUGUGGGAAGGGCUUCAAGCUGCAGGAUGAUCUGCGGAUGCACAGGCAGAUCCAUGAGUCUCGGGCGUAG